GUCACUGGCUGAGCAAUCAUUCUCGAACAGCGACGGUAUUCCGGGAGCUUUUCCUUAUAAAGGACGUGAUAGACGCUGCUCAGUGUCCUUCCACGGCAUCAGCAGCUUCAUCUGACACCCCCAUCCGCCCCACUCGUUAUAAGUUGCAAGGAGUCUCACCGCCGCACACCGGGCGAGCCAUCUCACAUUGAAGCAAGCAAGCAUCACAAGAACGCCACCAUGGGAUCCCAGCCGAGUUACUCGCUGCCGCCCGAGAAGGCUUCAUUCUCAGGAUUCCUGUUCGACAUGGACGGGACCAUCAUCGACUCCACGCCGGCCAUUGUAAAGCACUGGCACACCAUUGGAAAGGACAUUGGCGUUGAUCCUGAGACGAUUCUUCAGACGUCCCAUGGACGACGCAGCAUAGAUGUGCUCAAGAUACUCGCGCCAGAAAAGGCAAACUGGGAGUACGUCGCAAAGGUGGAAGGGCAGCUCCCGCAGCGAUAUGGAGACGACGCCACAGAAAUCCCCGGGGCGCGAUCAUUACUCGACGCGCUGAUGGCUCUGUCCAGCCCCUGGGCCAUCGUCACGUCUGGCACCAAGCCGCUCGUCUCCGGCUGGCUCGACGUCCUCAAGUUCGCCAUGCCGAAGCACCUUGUCACGGCUGAGUCGGUGGAGAACGGCAAGCCGGACCCUGCGUGUUAUCUCAUGGGCCUCGAGAAGCUCGGGCUGCAGGAUGCGGCCGGAGACGUGCUGGUGCUCGAAGACGCGCCUGCAGGCAUUCGGGCGGGAAAGGCCGCCGGGUGCAAGGUCAUCGGCCUUGUGACGAGCCACACAGUCGAGCAGGUCGUUUCCGCAAAGCCCGACUGGGUGGUCAGGGACCUCGAGUCUGUCCGGGUUGUUGGGCAAGCCGACGGCAAGGUGACUAUUGAGAUUUCCAAUGCCCUGCAACAAUGAUGGAGGGGGAAGGGCCGCCGUGACUGUCAGACCAAGGGAGCUGCGUGCUCUCUGCGUGCUGCGCCCUGAACAUGAGGGUGGAUGGAUUGCCUCGGUUGGCGUGAUGGAAGCGGGAAAUGAGUGGUGAGAAUGAUGAGUAUUGAUGCUUGGUCACAAUGCUUCAACAUUCCAGAGAUCCAAUAGACAAUCCCUUUGUCGAGGCGGAUGACCUUUUGAAAAUGAAAAAGGGAUCUUUAAGCCGCCCUGCAUGAACCAGAUAUCCCGUCAGAGAUAGAUUUCGUCUCGCGUCAUCGUCACGCCCGCAUCUUGGCCCACUUGAUUCAGGAACCGCGAAC